CUAUGUUCAUUAAACAGUUCUGAACGGCCUUGGCUUCUUAGAUGCUCUGGCAUUGAAGGCGGUAAUCGUGUAACAUAGCACUAGCACCGAAAGAGAGAAAUUCUCAAGUACUGCCAAGGUCCUCAGCCUGAAGACGUGAGACGAAGUCCACGCGGAGAAGACACGUUCACGCGCUCAUGCUGAGAAUUGUACUGGUCUUAACAGUGCAAAAUGGAGGAGUUGGUGCACCUGAAGUGGAAUACCCACCAUUCAACAUUCACUGAAAAUCUUAGUAACCUUCGGGACAAGCAAGUGUUUACGGAUGUAACUAUUAGCUGUGGAGACCAGUUUUAUCCAGCUCAUCGUUUAGUCUUGUCAGCCUGCAGCAGCUUCUUUGCACGAGCUUUGUCUGUGGCCACCUGCAGAUCACCAGUCCUUUUGCUCCAUGGUAUAGAGCAGUCAACUCUAGAACAAUUGCUGGUGUUCAUGUAUGAUGGUGAGGUCACAAUAAGUCACAGCAACCUUCCUAACCUUCUGAAAGCAGCUCGAUGGUUAGGAAUAACAGGACUACAGAGUCCUUUCAACAGGUCAGAUCUGGCAACAAUACAGUCUUCAAGUUUGCAAGGGGAUUCAUCCCAGAUUUUGGACAUAUGGACCCUUUUCAACCAGUUAGUGUCUUCAUCAGGAGAUUCCAGAACAUUAGAGCAGGUUGCAAGUACAUUACAACAAAUAAGAGCCACAUUAGAGCAAGAGGCAUGUGGAAAUGCAAUAAACACAGAGACAAACCACCUGUCAUCGAUUGAUUCAGAGCCAUUUCCUGCCAGUAAUAGUGAAGAUGAGCUAGAAGCGUCUGUUGAAUUCAAACCCAUUUUAAUUGAAGGAGACCCACACAAUCUCCUAGGCAGGGAGGAGAUGGCCACCACAGAUAACACCGAGAGUGAAAUGACCGAUGGAAUUAAUUUUAACAACAUCACAGAACGCUUCAUAAACAGCCCUUGUCCUUCUCGACAGAGCUUUGAGAGCAAUACCUUUGAAGGGUGGGAUAGUGAGUCUGUUUCAUACAGGAGGAAGAGUUUAGAACAGUUUGUAAAGAUUCAAACUGGUGUUGAGUCGGAAGAAAAUUCUCAAGAUAUGGUUUUGCGUUACGAAGGUAGUUCAAGCGAACCAGAAAAGGAGAAUGUAGACCACAAACUUGGCAAUACAACGAAAAGGUUUUUGUGUUGCAAGCACUGCAAGAAAACCUUCAAAGUACGGAAAGAUUUGGUUGAACAUCUUAAGACACAUGAGUUUCUAGAUAGCUUCUGUGUAAUCUGUGAAAAGCAGUUCUCAAGCACAGAAGCCCUAGACAAACACUUACGACUGCGCAGUGUGUACUCUUGCACAGUGUGUAGGUAUAUUACACAUUGCAAACAGCGCCUCUCCAGACAUCAUGCAAUGCAUAAGACAGAGGAAAUGGUUUUAUUGAAAGACGAACAGCCUGCACCAGCAUCCCAGACUCAUACUAAGGAGGAUGACACAUCUGUUGGAGAAACUUCUUCAAGUUCUUUCAGGUGUCCUGCAUGUGAUGAAAUUUUUAUUGACUACCUAGAACUUAAGAAACACAGCACCAAUGGUUGCAAUAGGUUAAUUUGUAAGUAUUGCAAUAAAAUCUUCUUACCCACCAAGACCAGACAAUACAAUCGCCAUCUCAAGACACAUAAAAUCAAAAAGAGGUUUUCAUGUCCCUACUGCCCUUAUAGAUGCGAUCGAAAAAGAAGCCUUACAGACCACAUAUCCAAACACACAGGUGAAUACCGAUUUUCAUGUUCGUUGUGCAAUUACAAAUGCACAAGAAAUGUAUCACUUAGGCUCCACAUGGAGAAAAAACACAAUGAUAUGAACUGUAUUUCAAAAUCUGAAUAAGGUUUUCAUACUUGUUAUAAUUUUCCCUGAUAUAUGUAUUUUUCCCCUUAACCCAAUUCUGCUGGGAAGAUCUGAUGUUCACUGUAGUACUGUUUUGUGAAAUAUAUCUACACAUAGAUAGCUCCACAAGUGAUCACCCAACAGUGAUUCAGUUUGUGGUCUAUGUCACCUCACCUGAUUUUCUCCUUCCUUGAAUUUUCAGGGAAAUUUUAUUUAGUAUUAAUUUUAUUUAUCAUUAUUGCCUUCCUGGUUGGCAAGGAUAUGCAUCAUGCACAGUCAAACAGCUCCAAUCACUGAUCUAUGGCUUGUUGGAGGAAAGUCAUAGCAUUUGGUUAACUGUGAUUCUGUUGUUAAUAUUAUUAUUGGCAAUAUGAUUAUUACAGUGUCAUUAACAAUACUAAUAGCAAUAUUAAAUAAAAUAUCUCUGAAAAUCAAGGAAAAUGGUCAACAGAUGAGAUAGGCCAGACUAGUGAUUAACUCAUUGGUGGAUAAGCACUUGAGGAGUAUCUAUGUGUAAAUACAAUUAGUAAACUAAUUUCACUCUGACAUGUAUGUACAUGCUAUCCCCAGUGGCACUGGCUUAAUAUGUGUGUAUUUGUGUUUUGCAUGUGUGUGUGAGUCUGAUGCAUCUAUUCAUGUAUAUAUACAUUAAAUAUAUAUGUAUAAAAUAUACAUAGAUACAUACUUUAGGUGUGUAUGGGUAUUCUCCAAGUGGGUUUGUAUGAUUUUCAAAAGUUUUAUAUUGUAUGACUGAAAUUUCAAUUUUGGGGGAACUGAUAACUUUUACCUUUGCUGUAUUUUGUUGCCCCUUUUCUCUGAUUUUUGGAUAGUCAAAAUGACAUACAGAGCCAGUACAGAUAUGUUGUGAACUUGAAAUUCAUAUUAUCAAGAUAGAUGUUGUAGGGAAAUGCUUACAGAACAAAAAUGUCCAAGCAGUAUUGUAUAUGUCUUAUCACUUUGAAAGUUUUAUUUUAUGUAUUUAUAACAGCAACCAAGAAUUUUUAUGUGAGUUAUUUUCCAGAAUUUUCAAAUUAUAUUAAGUUCUGUUUAUUAGUAAAUAGUUCUGUCAGACUUUUUCUGAGAAGGAAAAAAAGUUUUAUGAUGUUCUUUACAGUUGAAUGUAGACUUGUUCCCCUGUGAUAAAUUAUUUUAUUUUUGUUAUUUGAAACAUAGGGGAAAGAAAAGACAGUUUUAUAUAUUUAAUUAAUUUUUGAUUGUAUGAAGAUGGUGCAUACAAUAAUUAUUGAAAGUCUUAUGUCAGGGAGGUAUAAGAAAAUGGGUGGAAAAAGAAAUUUUUGAGUUAAUGUAUAUGUAUUUUGGUUGGAAGAAGUAUUAUGGUUGAAAAAUUACUGAAAAGUACUGAAAAAGAGAGUGUGUGCGUGCAUGCGUGUGUGCGUGCAUAUGUUUUCUACACAGAAGACUUACCAGUCUUACAGAAAAGAAUAAAACAAAAUUAAAAUAUCAAGAAAAGGAUAGUAACCCAUGUUGAAAGAAAUCUGGUAAAGAAGAAAUAAAUUCACAAUCCAAGAUAUUUAGAUAACUUUGUUAUUUAUUUAUUACACAAGUUAUGUUAGCCAUUAAUUCACACAUGCUUUGUGAUAUCAUUCACUCUUCUCCAUGCUUUGUCCAACACUUUUCCCUGAGUUCAUUUUUGGUACUACUGAGAUUGCAAAACCAGAGAAAAUUUUAAGGAGAUUGUAAAGUUAGAUAUAGAUUUAACUUGUGUUUCCAAAUUUUAGGACUGAAUCAGUACAUUCACAGUAAGGACAAAGAUACUCAUUAUGGCAACCUGAUCUAUUUAUUGGUAAUCAAGAUAAAUCACUUCACCUAUUUUUUUAUUUAUUAGAUAUAAGAAUUUAAUAAAUACCUUGGAAGAAAUAUAUAUUGAAAAUCUAAGUAAUCAUACGUCCCCAAUCUCCUGCAUGUUGUUACAGGGGGACUUAGGAGACAGAGACUAAGGCCCAAUGUUGGGGAUCUCCCCUACUUUGGGCUCACAGCUCAACAAAUUUUGCAGUCAGUUCAUAACUCUUCACUGAAAUAUUUGAGGUUUCUAACCUCACUGACCUGUAUUUUACUUUUGUUCUAAUUGCUCUUCCCUGUCUUGCCCCAUUUAUUCACCUUCUUCACCCUUUUCAAUAUACUAUCAUAAGAUAUUGUACAACUUUUGACAUGUAACACAUCCAAUCAUUAACUCAUUAACUUUCUUUACCUUUUUCACUACUUUACUCUCCUUUAGGGCUAUAGUCUGAUGUCUAGUACAUUUAUUUGCUUUAUGUGUAUUAACCCAUUGCCGCCAGGGAUGGCAUGUAUGUACAUGCCAUGCCCACUGUGAGUCGACUUGUUUGAUUGUUUUUACACAUAGAUGGCUACACUUGUACUAAGUCACCAGUGAGCCAAUUACGAGUACUGCCUGUCUCGCCCGUUCACCCUUUUCAUCGAUAUACGUAAAUAUUUAACGUUAUCCUAAUUUGCUGUUAAAAAUAACACCAUCUAUAUUUAUAGUACUAGUAAGAAUACGUUUUUUCCCACCAAUUUAAGGAAAGGUGAAAUCAGGACUAGCAGAGCCAUCUAUGGACAGAGAUAUUUCACAAAAAUAUAAAAAAUGAGUACAGCAUUUUCCCCAUUUUUUGUUCAUUUUCCCUGGUGGUAAUGGGUUAAUCACCAUUAAAUAAUCAUAUUGGAUUUUUACUUUUCAUAAAAGGUAAAACAAAUACUUUUAAUAUUGACCCAAAUAAGAUGAGUCUAUGAAAGGAGUUUCAGCUUCCUUGAGAAUACAACAUUCACAUCAGCUGCCAAGGCAAUCAUGUAAAUAAUGUUAAGAUUAAUUUUUUGCUGCUUACUGAAAUAAUGCUUUAGUACAUAGAGGUAAUUCAGAAUUAUUGUAUGCCUUUUUGAAAUCAAAAAAGAGAGAGAGAAACUUUCAAUUUAAAAUGUUGCCUUCCUUAUUUCUGGUUGUCUUCAUCGGCAUAUUCUUUGCGUUACAUGUUCAUCUUAUACAUAAAUUGAAUCCACUGUCCUGGUAGUUAUAAACAAAGUAGAGAACUAACAGUUAUAACCUACCUAGUGAAUGGUAUUGUUUCCAAUCCCUUUUUUUAAUGGUACAAUUCCUGUCUUAGGAAAGGAUAGGGGAGAGGUGAAGAAAAUACCUGUUUUAGAUGUAAUGUGAUAUGAACAGUACAAAUCUCAUAUAUGCAUCUACAAAACAGAAUAUAAUGAAUGUAGCAUAUCUGAUUUCAGAAAAGCAUGAUGGAUGGACAGCUUUGUUUUAGGAUUACUGGAGCAGUUACUCAAAAGUGAGAUAUAUCAGAUUUGCAAUUCGAGAGGCUAGUUGAGUUUCAUAUGUAUUUGUCAAAUAUGAGAUCUAAAGAUUUGUGUAUGCAGAAAGCCUUGUUUAAUAUGAAAUGGAAGAUCCUAUUUGCCAUAUGUGUUUUACAUAGAUUCUAAAGUAUAAUGUAAGCAGAAAUGAGAUAAGAAAAAAGAAAAUGUAAUGACCUAAAAGAAUCGGCUUUUAUUUGAAUUCAAAAUUCACAACUGGAGAAAAUGAUAAAUGUUAUUGGUUUGGUAUUUAUUAAACCCUUAUAUCCAUAACCUAUCUUAUUGAAAAGAUAGUUUAUAAGGGUGAUUGAUUACAAUAUUUUUUUGUGUGUAAUAUCACAGAACAUGUCACAAA